AUGCCGGGAAGAGCGGUUGUGGCUUGGAAUACCGUUAUUGCAGGGUGUUCAAAGUGGGCUCGGCCUGAACUGUGUCUUGAUUUGUUCAGGAAGAUGUUGGGGAAGGAUUAUUGUGGCUCGGAUAACUGGACUUUGAGUGCGGUUAUGAAUUCUUGUUCCGAAAUGUGUGAGCCAUGCUACGGUCAUAUGGUGCAUGGUUUUGUAAUCCAAACCGGCUGGGAAAAUGCGGUUGAGGUCAGUAACUCGGUACUCAGCUUCUACAUAAAAUUUGGUGAGGAAGAUGAAAUAUUGAAAGCGGUCGAGGCUGUUAGAACAUUCAAUGAGGUAUCUUGUAACGUGAUCAUUGAGGCAUAUAUGAAGAUUGGUAAUCUCAAAGAAGCUUGCCGUGUUUUUCAAUCUUUGCCAAAGAGAAAUCUCAUAUCUUCGACUUCAAUGAUAGCUGGAUGUGUGAGGAACGGGCACGAGGAACAGGCUUUGAAUCUUUUUAUUGACCUAAUGAGAAGUUUUAUUCGGCCCGACGAUGUCACGUUGGGAGUCGUCCUGCACGCGUGUUCUAAUCUGGCGGCACUCAGCCGAGGUCAAGCUGUUCAAGGCCAUGUGAUUAAAUCCGGUUUUCUUGCUUAUUGUUAUGUCGGCAAUAGCCUCGUGAACAUGUAUGCCAAAUGUGGGGACAUUCUGGAUGCUCGUCGAGCUUUUGAGGACAUCCCACUAAAGGACCUGAUUUCAUGGAACACGAUGUUGUUUGCAUUCGGAUUGCAUGGGCAGUCGGUGCGGGCCCUGCGCGUUCUCAAGGAAAUUUCAGCUUCUGGGCUGAGGCCCGACAAAGUGACGUUUAUCGGGCUUUUGAUGGCGUGUAGCCAUUCAGGCCUAAUUGAUAAGGGCAUAUCCCUUUUCGAGUCAAUGUCCUUGAAAUACGGGCUCCAACCUGAUACCGAUCACAUUGCGUGCGUGGUGGAUAUGCUCGUUCGUGGUGGGAAAUUCGAAAAAGCCGAAGAAUUUGUGAAUAAGCACAGCGCGGGAAUGGAUCAUAUAGCGCGGGAAAGGAAGAAGGUGGCGAUUGGGGAAGGAUUGUCACCGCGCAAAUAUCCACGGCAAGGAGCUCUCGAUUGGGGAGGGCAAAAAAAUGGGGAAGACAAAAACAUCCUCAUUUCCGAUAAUUCUUCAACAAUGGAGUUCGGGUCUUCGGCCGCUUGGCUCAAUUAUGUAAUCUCGAGAAUUUUAACCCCACCAAUUCUGGAGACUUGCUAG